AUGGAGCUUGAGGACACCUUGGACACUGGCGUGAGGGCGCCCUCAUGGAGCUUGAGGGUACCCUGGACCUUGGUGCGAGGCGGCCUCAUGGAGGUUAAGGGCGCCCUCAGGCAUAUAAGAGGUGACUUCUUCAGAUCUCAUACUCGCUGCGAAAUUGGCAGAGCCGCCUCGUUCCCUUUGCAUUCCCUUCGUGUCCACUCCGCCGAAACGCCGAUUUCCCCUCGAGCUCACCCUAUCCGCCGACGGGAUCAGCAUCGACGCUCGCCCGCGGUCGAUCGCCUGCGCUUGGUUGCGAGACGAGUCUCCGGCCUCCUCCACGUGUGGUCGGCGGCCUCGACUGCAGCGUUCCCUUCAAACCGCCACUGCUCGCGAAGAAUCCGUGGUCGGGAGAGUAGAUCUGGGCUUUGGGGACGUCGGAGAUUGAAUCGCCAUUCCGGAGCUCGAAUCUGGUCGAGGAUUUGCACCAUAGGAAGAUACCUCAUCUUCCCGAGCUUUAGGGCCUGGCCAAAUUCGUCGGAAUUCGCCUCGCCGCUGGUGGUCGUAGCAGUCAUUGAGGUAUUGGAGUGGCUUGCUGUGAGGGGCUCGACCACAACCUCCAACAGCUGGUCAUCAUCCGGGACUCAUAGUUUGAAGGCUCUGUUGGAGCUCUGUUCAUGAAUCUUGGCAGUGGACAUCAUUGGAAGACUUGAGUCGAAGACCUCACCUUCCGGCAGUGAGUGAUCAGUGGGGGUGUAAGGACUUUGAUCGGGACGAGCGUCGUGACGAGAUUGGCGUUGGAUUCAGCCUACACUUAGA